UUAGUGAGUGAGAGGCCACCAAUCAAACAAAAGUAAAACCAAGAAACAUAAAAUUCAUCGAAACCCUUCGAAGAAAACCGCGUUGUAAGGCGGACAUGGUCGACUGAUUGAGUCCUCCGAUAGUCCCAGACAUACGCAGUACGGGUAGUUUGGUUAUUUUUACCUGCAAACCCUGUGUGUGACUUCAAAGACCGUACAAAGAGAUUCAAGAAUCCAAGUGUUAUCUGAAUCUCCAGAAGGAAGGAAGACAAGCAAAUGAAAAGGCUCCCACUAAAUUUAAACGACUCCACGAUGACCUGCUCUUCAGUUUCCCAAUUUCUGUGCCGUAGCUGAUCAAGAAUCAUGCGUGGAUUUCUUGCCCUGCAAUGAUGAUUGCAGAAGAGUUCUUACAAGAUGUGUCUGUAUUCUGAUUCUAACAAAGGGCCAAAAGAUGGUUCGUAAAGCCGACUUGGUUAUUAUCGGGGUAACUGUUGGCGUGGCCGUCGGCGUGCUCGUGGCAUGUCUCGUGUUCUUCGCCAUUUGCUGGUACAGAAAGCGCUCUGCCCCUCUUCGCCGCACAAAUGAUCGUUCGGCUGCGGCCCUUCCGAUCCGCACGAAUGGCUUAGAAACCACCAUUGAUUCCAGUGCAUCUCUUUCGAGUUUUGUGGGCAUCAAAGGAUCGGAGAAUUAUGCCCGCAAACCUCAACAUUCCUGGUGGAAGAAUAAUCACAGUAAAGAUCGAUUGCCUUCUGCAUCUGGUAUUCCAAGAUACUCUUACAAAGACAUUCAGAAAGGGACACAGAACUUUACAACAGUUUUGGGACAGGGUUCUUUUGGCCUCGUGUAUAAGGCUAUAAUGCCUGCUGGGGAAGAAGUUGCAGUGAAGGUUCUAGCUUCGGAUUCGAAACAAGGGGAAAAAGAGUUUCAAACAGAGGUUUCUUUACUGGCUAGACUGCAUCAUCGAAAUCUGGUUAAUUUAGUCGGAUAUUGCAUAGAUAAAGGGCAAUACAUGUUAGUCUACGAGUACAUGAGAAAUGGAAGUUUGGAAAAUCUUCUAUAUAACGAUGAGGAACGAAUUUUGAGUUGGGAGGAUCGGCUUCAAAUAGUGCUGGACAUUGCACAUGGCAUUGAGUAUCUUCAUGAUGGGGCAGUGCCUCCUGUGAUCCAUCGAGAUUUGAAGUCCGCCAACAUAUUGCUGAACCAUUCCAUGAGAGCAAAGGUUGCGGAUUUUGGGCUGUCGAAGGAAGAGGCUUUUGACGGUCGAAAUUCAGGUCUUAAAGGAACAUAUGGGUAUAUAGAUCCAGCAUACAUCUCGACAAGCUAUUUUACUACAAAAAGCGAUGUGUAUAGCUUUGGCAUCAUUAUAUUCGAGCUUAUCACCGCCAUCCAUCCGCACCAGAAUCUGAUGGAAUACAUCAAUCUUGCGAGUAUGAGCCCAGAUGGCGUGGAUGAAAUAAUCGAUUCUAAGAUUGUAGGAACAUUCAAUCCGCAAGAAGCGAGAAGCCUUGCUAAAAUUGCCCACAGGUGUCUCCAUAAGAUCCCGAGAAAACGGCCGUCGAUAGGAGAAGUCUCCCGAGCCAUAAUCAAGAUACAACAGCAACGUCUCGUUAAAGAAGACAACAUUUCCUUAGCUGGAGAUCUCUCCAGAGCUGUUAGCCAGAUCGAAUACCAACAGGUCGAAUUGAGGAGAAUGUGCAGCAUUAGCAAAGAACAGCAUAACUGAUGGUGCUAUUUUGGGUUUUUUCUGGCUGCAAGGCAUUCUUGUGGAUUGGCAUAGAAGUAAUCCUCUUCCUUGGGACGGUCUGAAAGCACAACGCGCUUCUGUGGCUUCCCCAUUCGAUCUGCGUGGGCUUCCUUCACAGACGAAACGAAUUCAUCCCAGCUCGACAGUCC